UUAGCGGAACUUCCUCGUGACCUCCCACCAUGACGUAAAAUUUAGAAACGCCAUCAUGCAUGUUGCUGUAUUAACAACGUCGGAAAGAAGUUAAAACAUUGAAGACAAUUUUAUGUUUCACCCUUUAACCUCUUCAUGACAUAAACAUACAUAAACAGAAAACAAUCUGUUAAUAGGAACACUAUGGCUGGCGUUAACGCCGGUGGACGUAAUUCAUUCAAAGUUGUUCUUCUUGGAGAAGGAUGUGUUGGAAAAACGUCUCUAGUUUUACGUUACGUCGAAAACAAAUUUAACGAUAAACAUUUAACCACACUUCAGGCAUCUUUCUUGAACAAAAAGUUAAACAUUGGUGGAAAAAGAGUUAAUUUAGCUAUAUGGGAUACAGCAGGACAGGAGAGAUUUCAUGCCUUAGGUCCUAUAUAUUACAGAGAUAGCAAUGGUGCCAUAUUAGUUUAUGAUAUAACAGAUGAAGACUCAUUUCAAAAAGUUAAGAACUGGGUUAAAGAAUUAAGGAAGAUGUUAGGGAAUGAUAUCAGUCUAUGUAUAGCUGGUAAUAAAAUAGAUUUAGAAAAAGAUCGCCAUGUGGCAGUAUCUGAUGCAGAAGCAUACGCUAAAUCAGUUGGUGCAAAGCACUUUCAUACUUCAGCAAAACUUAGUAAAGGAAUUGAUGAGAUGUUUUUAGAUCUUAGUAAAAGUAUGAUAGAAAAAUCUGCAGAAAAUGGCGGUAAAAAUAAUAGGACAAUGACGAAAAGUAAAAGUGUGAUAGUUGUGGACGAUGAACAGCCACAACAACAAAGUGGUGGUGGUUGUUGUUAAUAUGUGAUAGUGUCGUCUGCAAUAUCAAAAUGGUGACCUCUAUUGUUAAUGUCAUAACCAGAAGUAACCAGAUGUGUUAUGGUCGUUCUCAUAUGUGGAAUCAUAAUAGUACUUAUAUUUUUUGAAAUUUAAAUAAACAUUUCUACUGUUGCAAACACCUUUAUAUAUGUAACUGUGAUCUAUAUUGCAGCUCUUGAAAUAUUUUUAGAUAUGAUUUUAUUAAAUAUUCUGUGUACAAACUCUGUUUUAUCCUUAGAAAGAUCGUAUUGAAAUGUAUUACGUGAAAUAAUAAUUGUUUUAAAGCUCAUUAUAAUCUUAUGAUUGAAAUGGAUUGUUAGUUCUGAAUCAUUUUUGAAAUACUAUUGACUUUAUUUUCUAACAAAGGAUUACAAUUAAAUUGAAAACAUUUGCAAAAACUUUGGAGACAAUAUGAGGAAAUCCAGUAGAAAUUUAUAAAAGAUACUCAUUUGAGUUUGAAUUUACCAGUAGCAUCAUUGCUUUAAUAAUAAUAGCAUUUAUAUGUAACUUAAUAAGAAUAAAGAUGAAGAAAAUAUAAUUAUACAUGUAUCAUGCACAUAAAAUUUAUAUUACAAUAUAUUGCUAUUGAUGAUUUGACUUCCAAAAAGCCAAUCUAAAGAUCUAGUAUCUUCUUUACAAAAUAUGUUUAAACAUUUUUUUGAUUUUUUACUCCCAACAUAUUUUUUAAGUAGCCUUAUCUUUAAAACAUAGAAUUUCUGUGAAAUUGUGAUAGUUAUAUUGAAGUGUAAUUUUUUUUUAUUCCAGUUUAUUUAUGACCACCUUUAAUGUAUAGUGUUUCAAAUAUAGUAAACAUUUGAAUGUACACAGUGUUGUGCAUGUAUGUGUUCUUGUUUUGCGCUUCAAUGCAUUAAGUUCUAGAAUAGCUCUAAAUUUGAGAAAGAAUGAACUUUAGUGUAUGAGGGAUAUUGUUACAGUGUGUAAAUUACAACUUGCAUGAAAUGAGAAUUAACUGCCAGGAAACUGUCAUUAACAAAGUAUUUUUAAAAUUUCUGUUGAACAUUAAAAUAAUUCAUCAUUUGAAUAAAUUAAAUAUUCAGUUUUCCUGAAUUAAAACGGCAUGUUUUUAUUUAAUUUCUUGUGUAAAAUACAUGCUUAAAAUUGCAGGAAAAUAAGAUUUUUGUAUUAAUAGAAAACACUUUUUCUGUGAACAUUUUUGUUUGAUGUUCUGUGCUUUUUUAGCUCACCUGGCCUAAAAGGCCAUGUGAGCUUUUCUCAUCACUUGGCGUCCGUCGUCGUCGUUAACAAUUUUUCAAACAUCUUCUCCUCUGAAACUACUGAAUGAAUUUGAAUGAAACUUAGCAUGAUUGUUCCUUAGAUUAUCCUGCACAAAGUGUGCGCUUCGAUUUUUGAUCCGUCAAAAAACAUGGCCACCGUUACUUAAAAUAGAACACAGGGGUCAAAUGCAGUUUUUGGCUUAUAUCUCAAAAACGAAAGCAUUUAGAGCAAAUCUGGGAAGGGGUAAAAAUGUUCAUUAGGUCUAGAUCUAUCAGGAAAUUUUGCAGUUUUUGGUCAUUAUCUUGAAUAUUAUUAUAGAUAAAGAUAAACUGUAAACAGCAAAAAUGAUCAGCAAAGUAAAUCUACAAAAAAGUUAAUAUGACCAAAAUUGUCAAUUGACCCCUUAAUGGGUUAUUGUCCUUUAAUGACAAUUUUUCACAAUUUGUUUGUCAUUUUUGCUAACUUUAAAAAAUCUUCUCCUCUAAAACUACUCAACCAAAUUCAACCAAACUUCAACUGAAUGAUCAGUAGGGUGUAUAAAAUAAAAUUUGUGCUUUUUUUUUUUUAUUUCUUCAAAAAACAUGGCUGUCAUGGCUAAAAAUAGAACACAGGGUAAAAUGCAGUUUUUCGCUUAUAUCUCAAAAACUCCAUCAUUUAGAGCAAAUUAGACAAGAAGUUAAAGUAUUUAUUAGGUCAAGGUCUACCUGUCCUGAAAUUUUCAGCCGAAGUGGGUAACUGGUUUUUCAGGUAUAAUGCCCCUGAAUUGAUGAUUUUAAAGAAAUUUUGCAGUUUUUGAUUAUUAUCUUGAAUAUUAUUAUAGAAACAAAUAAACUAUUUAUAGCAAAAAUGUUAAGCAAAGUAAGAUCUACAAAUAAGUCAAAUUGACCAAAAUUGUCAAUUGACCCUUUAAGGAGUUAUUGCCCUUUAAAGACUUUUUUCACAAUUUGUUCAUCAUGUUGACUUACUUUUAAAAAUCUUCUCCUUUGAAACUGCUGUAUCAAUUUCAGCCAAACUUAGGCUAAAUGAGUUUCAGAGUAUCUAGUAUAAAUUUUAUAUUUUAUUUCCUUGUAUGUCAAGAAACAUAGCUCCUAUGGCUUAAAUAGAUCAUAGGAGAAAACGAUUUUUUUUUUGCUUUUGAAGAAAAUAGGAUGAUUCAAAGAACAUUUAAAUAAAUUGAAAAGCCAAAAUAAUCAUUGAUGAGAGAUUUAACCAAAAAAAUUAAGGUGAGCGAUUCAGGCUCUUGAGAGCCUCUAAAUACCUUUUCUCUAUCAUAGUACCAAUUAGCAGCUUUUUUCCAAAUCAUAAUUUCAUAUAGAGCUUCUAAAAUAUAUAACCAGUUACUCAAUGAGUAACUGGUUAUAUAUUUUAGGAGUUCAGGCACUUGUAAAGUUUCUAUAAUUUAAACUUUUUGAGAAGAUUUUUUUCUGCCUUUGAAUUUAUUGUCUACAUAUAUACAUAUUUAGGAUUAUGUUUAAUUUAUGAUUUAACAGAUAGAAGAAUAGAAAUGUUAAAUGCAUUUUAAAUGCAUUGUUUUGUGUUAUAUUAUGUUUGAGCUAUUUAUAAAUGUAGUUUUUGUCUAUACUACAAUUUGUUUUAUAUCCAUCUUCAUUACAAAAACAAAUGCAGCAUUGUUAAAUCAUUAAAUUGUUCUGGAAUUUUGUUGACAAUUGUUGCCACUCAUUUUAUACAGUCCAAACUUGUUGCAAGACAAUGUCAACCUUUUUAAAAAUUGCAUAACAUAAAAUGCUCUUCAUUCAAGUCUGACCAUGUUUGUAUGGACCAAAGAGGUACUAUACUUUGAUCUUAAAGUCUGACCAUGUUUGUAUGGACCAAAGAGGUAUUAUACUUUGAUCUUGAAGUCUGACCAUGUUUAUAUGGACCAAAGAGGUACUAUACUUUGAUCUUGAAGUCUGACCAUGUUUGUAUGGACCAAAGAGGUACUAUACUUUGAUCUUGAAGUCUGACCAUGUUUGUAUGGACCAAAGAGGUACUAAACUUUUAUCUUGAAGUCUGACCAUGUUUGUAUGGACCAAAGAGGUACUAAAUUCUUUACGCCUGUUUAAAUAUAAUAUGGUAGAUGAAGCAUAAGGAAAAGUUAAAAUCAUUGGUUUACUACGAUUCUUUAUUAUUCCUGUAUCAGUUUCUGUUCACACAUGUACGUACAG